UCCAACAUGGCAGAGGCUGCGGUCAGUCUUCCCCUCACUAACUUGGAAUGGUUUCAAAUCGUCGGCAGCCACGCUUAACCUCGCGAGCCGCCCGUCCGCGCGCGCGCACCGGAUCGAUGCCGCUAUAAACCCCGACGCUGCCCUGUCACCUUAACACAGGCUCGAAGACAUGAUCACUAGCACCAGUAUUUAUGGUCUAAAGAUGCAGUGGACCCCAGAGCAUACACAAUGGGCAGAACAACACUUUGACAUCUCAUCCACUACCCGCUCGCCGGCACACAAAGUAGAGGCCUACCGGGGGCACUUACAGCGAACAUACCAAUAUGCGUGGGCAAACGACGACAUCUCUGCACUGACUGCCUCCAAUCUGCUUAAGAAAUAUGCAGAGAAAUACUCUGGGAUCCUAGAAGGCCCAAAUGAAAGAGCCCUGCUGUGCUCUUACUCCGAUAGCACCACUGGACUCAUGAAUGGACGAAAGUCAGAGAAUGAGUCCUGGCAGGAGGGGAUUUACCCAAUGAACUGUGCUCCAGAUGUUAUAUCUGUGAGCAAAGCUGGAAUGACAGCUGCCCUACCCCCUACAGAUGUGUCUGCUAGCAUAGGCAGCUCCCCAGGGGUGGCCAGCAGCUUGUCUGAGCCUAGCUAUUCCAGCAGUAACUGUGGGAGUCACACGGCGACUACUCUCCACUCGGGCCUCCCCUCUCAGGAAUAUACUGCCAGCUACAACGGCUCGUACCUGCAUUCUAGCUACAGCGGCCAGAGCACCCCGGCCCUCCCCUCCCCACAUCCGUCUCCUUUGCACAGCGCCGGGCUAUUACAGCCGCCUCCCCCACCCCCUCCCCCGGCUUUAGUGCCGAGCUACAACGCCGGGUCUCCAAACCUUCCCAACUACAAUUAUCCUUCGACGGGGUAUGCUUCACAGACUGCUGUUGGCCCUGGUUAUAGCCCUGGGGGAGCACCUCCUCCUUCUGCUUAUCUGCCAUCCGGUAUUGCGGCUCCGACACCGAUCCCUCCCUCCACAUUGCCUGGCUACACCUACCAGUCCCACAACCAUACACCGAUCGCACCAACACCUUUGAAUGGCAGCACAUCCAACUCAUUAAAACGAAAAGCUUUCUACAUGAGUGGACAUGGAGAUAUGGACUCAAGCUAUGGUAAUUUUAACUACAGCCAACAGCGCUCCUCACAGAGUCCGAUGUACAGAGUAUCAGACGGCAGUGACUCAAACCGGGGCAACGGCUUCGAACGGAACGCCGAAGCGCCGUCUUUAGCUUUUAAACCAACCAAACAGCCGAUGUCCUCUGAUCAGCAAAGGAAAUUUAACUUACACUCCGGCAGAGCACUCACCCCUCCAUCCUAUGGAUCAACCAAAAGCUCUGCCGGCGACCUCCGAACAGGCGAACCCUACAAUAAGUUUGGCUCUCCCAUCAUGAGUGAGCCAGCCGAAGAGCACAGGCAGCACCAUUCCCACUCCCUCACAGGCCCCGACAUAGGUACAGCUACCUCGUCCAUCCACGCUGCAGAGGAACAACUGAAGAACAGUGAUUCCAACCUGGUGGAGAUGGUGACCACAGAGAUUCUUCAGCAGGGCUCCCCAGUGGACUGGAGUGAUAUUGCAGGUCUGGAUAUGGCCAAAGCAGCCAUUAAAGAGGAGAUACUUUGGCCCAUUUUGAGGCCUGAUAUGUUUAGCGGACUUACCACAUUACCUCGGAGCCUCCUUUUAUUUGGACCUCAGGGAACUGGUAGAACACUGCUUGCACGCUGCAUGGCCAGCCAGCUGGGAGCUGCCUUUUUACGAAUAAGCAGCUCGGCCCUGGUGACCAAGUGGCUGGGGGAAGGAGACAAGGUCAUCCAGGCCUCUUUCCUCGUGGCCCGAUGUCGCCAGCCAGCCGUGGUCUUCAUCAGCGACGUGGACCUGCUGCUGUCGGCCCAGCUCAGCGAGGAGAGCCCAGUCAAUCACCUCAAGGCCGAGCUCCUCAUACAGCUCGACAGUGUUCUGACUUCUGCGGAGGACCACGUUCUCGUGGUCUGCUCCACCAGUAAGCCCGAAGAGAUCCCGGAGUCCCUGAGGAGGUACUUUACCAAGCGAUUGCUCAUCCCCCUGCCUGACGGGACCGCACGACACCAGAUAAUCAGCCAACUGCUCUCACAGCACAACUACUGUCUUAGUGACAAGGAGAUGUCACUCCUAGUUCAGAGGACCGAGGGUUUUUCAGGACUGGAUGUAGCCCAGCUAUGUCAAGAGGCUGUGGUCGGGCCUCUCCACGGCUUGCCAGGUACUGACCUUUCCAGUAUCCACCCGAGUCAGAUGAGACCGGUCUCGUACCAGGACUUUGACAAUGUGUUUUGCAAAUUCCAGCCAAGCAUAUCACAAAAAGAACUUGACAUGUACACUGAGUGGAAUAAAAUGUUUGGUUGCAGCCAAUGAAACAGACACGCUGAACACAAUUGUCAUUGCACCCAGUUGUUGCGUACAGAGAGGCGUUAAGCCUUCGGUGAACAGCAGACAGCGGCGAUACGAGCAGAGGGGCUGUCCUGACAUGCUCCAGACGAGAGGAUACCAUAUGAAUCUAAUGCUUUAUGUGGCUGAGGCCACGUGUUCAUUGAAACCUGGAGAAGAUGCCCCUGUUUUUGUAUAUACAUAUACAUAAAUAAAUAUAUAUAUAUAAAUAUAUAUAUACUAUUCUGCUGAUCUUGAGAUUUAGUUGCUAUCAAGUGCCUGAGGUGGUGCUGUUUAAGGAUUUUUGUUUAUAGUUUUUUGAGUUGUUUUGCCUCACAAUUCAUUGGUGACAUUCUAUUAUACAAAGCUUUACAAUGUGACAAAAAAAAAAAACCUGCUUUCUCUUUUUCAUUGGAACAGUGUUUUUCAGCUAUGUCUGUUUUGUGCUCUCUGUGAACAGUUGUGGUUAAUUUAAGAUGAACGAAAUCUACUGGCAUACUUUCGGUUUGGGCUCCAUUAACUUCAAGAGGUUUUAAGUGUAAAUCAUUGAACUACAACAACGUUAACAUCCUCAC